AUGGCAAAAUGGGAGAAGGCGGAAGAAGCCGCAAACAUCAUGUCGACCAACGCCACUUGGAACCGAAGGCCCCCACUGCGCUUCCGCAGCGCCGCUUCGGCUGCGCGGGUUCGACAGGCCGAGGUGAUUCACGAGGAGAUCGCGCAGCUGCGGCGCCAAUCCGCUGAGGAUCUCGAGGAGCUUCGGACCCAGCUGAGCAGUCAAGGGCCCAGUGAGCAAGACCUCCGAGUGGAGGCUCUGAGACGUCAGCAGGAGCAGAUCGCCAGGUUGGUGGACCGGAAGAAGGCCAGGAGGAGACCCGCGCAAGUGGCGCGAUCACCAGCGCGAUCGACGGCGGCAAGGGCGCAGCCGGCACAGGCGCAGCCUGCGCCGCCUGCACAGCCUGCGCAGCCUGCGCGGCCGCCGGCGCCCCCGGCGCCCUGGCGCUGCCAUUUGGACAUGGACUCAGGUUGCUGGUACUACCACAACGAGGUCACAAACGUCACCGCCUGGGAGCUGCCCACGCUGAUGCGAGACCGGCCGCCCGCACCCCCGGCACCCUGGCAGCUGGUGGCACACAACUCUGGCAGGUGGUACUACCACAACACCCGCACCAACGCCACCAGCUGGUCCCGGCCGCGCAAACUCCCGGCUGCCAAGCGGCGAUGUCGACCGCGAAGCCGAGGCCGCAGCCAGAGCCCACGUCAAACACGUUAG